AUGGCGGCGUUCGGGAGGCUAUCUGGUGUUCUUGGGCGCUCCCUGGUUAACCGGGGCCGCUUGUAUUCUGCAGCGGCUGAGCACGGAGAUUCAAGUAGGUGCCGGACAUGGAAGAUCCUCACCUACGUGGUAGCUCUGCCCGGUGUGGCCGUCUGCAUGCUGAACGCUUAUCUGAAGACCCAGCAUCACAGUCACGAGAGACCCGAGUUUGUGCCGUACGAGCACCUGAGGAUCCGAGCUCUAAAAUUUCCCUGGGGAGAUGGAACAAAGAGUCUAUUCCACAACCCUCAUGUAAAUCCUCUUCCAGAUGGCUAUGAAGAUCUUGAAAAUGACCAUUAG